AUGUCCGAGUUCGCGGCUGAGACCGUGAAGUUGCCGAUCAUCCAGGAUCCAGACGAGGGAAACUAUGUCCAUCCGCCUAGGAAAACGCGUCCGGCAAACACGGCUAGGAACAACCUCAAUUUGAAGCUCUUCACUGAUGCCUUCUCGCUUCAAUUCUGGAUCGGCCUAGGGUGUUUCCUCACGAUUCUUAUGCCUGGGACUUACCGCGUCGUUCCGUUCAUCGCCCUUUGGGCGCCUCUCGCUUUCAAGAUGCUUGCUGUGAGGACAGGACUCAUCAGCAAUCCGCAUGUUGCGGGGAUCCAGCCCAAGCGGACGGCAGCCCAUCCCGAGGGAGACAUGUCAGUGAUGAUCUUUGGGGCUCGAGCAAAUGGGUGGUUGGGCGCCUUAGACCCGGACUUCCAAUGGGCCGGACAAAUUCUCGACGAGUCUCUGAAAGUCCUCGACAACGACCCUAACAGCGGUUUGAUAGGGUAUGAGUGUUAUCUUACCACAGAGCGUGCGAGCAACAACUGGAUUAUGGUUCAUACCUACUUCCGAACAGCCGAAGAUGCAUACCGCUUUGCUCGGACGCUCAGACCCGUAGGGGGUACUCCAGGCUCGCCUUUGGCGCACCGCAAGGUAAUCGGAAAUUACUGGAGGCGUAAGAACAGUGCUUGCUUGGAGUUAUUUCACGAACUUUACGAAAUCAAGGAUGGUGCUGCUCACAGUGUCUACUACAACAGUUCUGGCUGGGGUCUGUCUAACUUGUGGUACAAAGAACCUUGUGACGCCGAGGGAUCCGGAGAAGCCACGUACAAGAACUAUUUCAUUCGUGGGCAUGGAAGCAAGCGUCGUAGUGGGAUCAAGUCCAUCAACGAAACACUUUAG